AUGUCGCUAAGGCCAAGCGCGAGAACCGAGGUUCGCCGCAACAAGUACAAGGUCGCCGUCGAUGCGGAGGAGGGCCGGCGGAGGAGGGAGGACAACAUGGUCGAGAUCCGAAAGAGUAAGAGAGAAGAGAGCUUGCUUAAGAAGCGUCGCGAGGGACUUCAACAGGGCCCCCUAUUCGGUAGUACUGCCAACAACAUCAUUAGCACCGUUGAGAAAAAGCUAGAGAGUCUACCUGCCAUGGUUGCUGGUGUUUGGUCAAGUGAUAACAAUUUGCAGCUGGAGGCUACUACACAAUUUCGUAAAUUGCUUUCAAUAGAGCGAAGCCCACCAAUUGAAGAAGUUAUACAGUCUGGUGUUGUUCCUCGCUUUGUAGAAUUUCUUGUGAGGGAGGAUUUCCCACCGCUUCAGUUUGAGGCUGCUUGGGCGUUGACAAAUGUUGCUUCUGGUACCUCGGAAAAUACCAAGGUGGUUAUUGACCAUGGAGCGGUCCCCAUUUUUGUCAAGCUUCUGUCUUCUCCUAGUGAUGAUGUUCGUGAGCAGGCUGUGUGGGCACUAGGUAAUGUUGCUGGUGACUCUCCUAGGUGUCGUGAUCUUGUGCUCACCAGUGGAGCUUUGAUUCCUUUGCUGGAGCAGUUGAACGAGCAUGCCAAACUUUCAAUGCUGAGAAAUGCCACAUGGACAUUAUCAAACUUUUGCAGGGGCAAACCGCAGCCACCAUUUGAACAGACAAGGCCUGCUCUUCCAGCUCUUGAGCGACUUGUUCAUUCAAAUGAUGAAGAAGUGCUUACAGAUGCAUGUUGGGCUCUUUCGUACCUAUCUGAUGGAACGAAUGACAAAAUCCAAGCUGUGAUUGAGGCAGGUGUCUGUCAACGACUUGUUGACCUCCUCUUUCAUCCAUCCCCAACUGUGCUCAUUCCAGCGCUUCGUACUGUGGGCAAUAUUGUCACGGGAGAUGAUAUUCAAACUCAGUGCAUGAUUCAACAUGGUGCACUUGCGUGCUUGCUGAGUUUGUUGACAAAUAAUCAUAAGAAAAGCAUCAAGAAAGAAGCAUGCUGGACAAUCUCAAACAUUACUGCUGGAAACCGGGAACAGAUACAGGCUGUCAUCGAGGCUGGUUUAAUAGCUCCUCUUGUCAAUCUGCUCCAAACAGCUGAGUUUGAUAUAAAGAAAGAGGCUGCUUGGUCAAUAUCAAAUGCUACUUCUGGUGGUACUCAUGAGCAAGUCAAGUACUUAGUCAGUCAAGGCUGUAUAAAGCCUUUAUGUGAUCUCCUUGUAUGCCCUGAUCCAAGGAUCAUAAUUGUCUGCUUGGAAGGGCUGGAAAAUAUCUUGAAGGUUGGGGAAGUUGAGAAGAACGUGGGAAGCAUUGGAGAUGUUAACUACUAUGCCCAGUUGAUAGAUGAAGCUGAUGGGUUGGAAAAGAUAGAAAAUCUCCAGAGUCACGACAACAAUGAAAUUUAUGAGAAGGCUGUCAAGAUUCUCGAGACUUAUUGGUUGGAGGAGGAGGAUGAGACUUUACCUCCAGGUGAUGGUGCUUCCCAGCCUGGCUUCAACUUUGGUGGAAGUGAUGUUCAACUUCCAUCUGGUGGAUUCAGUUUCAGCUGAAGGUAUGUAGCUCAUCUACUUCAAGACUUGCUCUCUUCAAAUAGGAAUGUGAACUCUAUCAUAAGCUAGCUUUGUAAGUUGACCCAUUGUCUGGCCCCUGGGUUUGCAUUUUACAUCCACAUUUAGAAUGUAUGCAUUUCAAGAAACAAUCAUUCCGUAGAUCAUCAGAAUGGAAAACCAUCAAAAUUGAUGCUUCUCAUAAUCAACUUAAACGGUUUUUGAUUUUGUUCUCAACCCAAAAGCAGAAGGAAAGAGCAUGACAAACACAGUCUCCUAGGUGGCAGACUCGGAGAUCUCCUCCCCAAAAGCUAACCGCCUACAAACGUAGAUGGAAUUUCUUCUAUGCUCAUUUUUUUUUUUUGUUCUGACCAAGUCCUAUAAUUUAACAGAAUUUCAGAAGGUUGUGGAUGAAGCAUUUCAUGCAGGGGCCUACAAGGUGCACGGUGUAGAGUCUGGUCAGGGCAGCUCACCGUGUCUAGUCACAGUCAGGUCAGGUUCAGUGUCCAUCGGUGUCGAAGUGGUGCUAAGCUGGGGCAAUGUUGCUUCAGGGGUCAAAUAAUAUGGGUUCUGCACUCCGCCUGUCUAAUGGUGAAAAAGAUGCCUGGUGGUGGUUUGAUUUUUUGCCGAGCUUGGAAUUAGCCAGAAGUUAAGGCAUUGUUGAAGGGAUUUUGGUGCGGGGGGUUUUAUAUGCCCGGAGUCGUCUCUCUGUUUUUUGAGUGACUUGAGUCUUGCAUUACUAGUAUUCAUUGUAGACUCGGCGUUUUGUUUUGUAUACACUGGGUGUUCAAUUGGUGAAAUAUAGUUUUUGGGAGUCUUUUUAUUGCCUGGUGUAUUGCGAGAAAGGAGAAAGGAAAAUCCGUUAUUUCUCUUUGAAUGGAAAUUUGUGGUUGCAUAUGUA